GACCCUGUCUUACACGCCUUCUUCCACCAUGCCGUCAUCGCAUAUUUCCGUAUGCCCCCAUUCGUUUAUUUAUAUAAUAGCGCUCUUGUCGAUCGUGUUGACCCCGGGCUACCCGUCCGCGUUCUUGAAUCAGGGUUCGCUCUCAUAUACCCCUCUCCCCUCCUCAGUCUCGGCCUCAGAGCCUUUAGACCUUACUUCUGGCCUAGAUACCUUACCCUUCUCGCAUCUUUCAUCAUGUCCAAAGUCACCUUGACGCCAGUCCUGGCGGUGACGGCGGCCGCCUCGUUCUUAUACGCUCGCCACGCCGAACUACCCAUUAGCUCCACCGUCGCAAAGUCUUUGGCUGUUGUGAUUCCCCUCUAUGUCGUUGUCUGGCUUAGCUGGAUAUAUCCCUUCUAUGUGUCUGAACUGAGAAAUGUCCCUACCGUACCAGGAUUCCCUCUUUGGGGUCAGUUCUUUGGCAUCAUUACGCAAGAAUGCGGUGUGCCUCAACGAGACUGGCAUCAGAAGCAUGGUCCUAUCAUUCGAUACUUCUUCCCCUUCGGGGCCGAGCGUCUUUCCGUUGCCGACGACGAGGCCUUGAAGCAGAUGACUGUCAAGAACCCUUACAACUACCCCAAGCCUGUUCGUGCCAAGCUUUGGAUGGUUCGAAUCUUGGGUGAAGGCGUCCUGCUCGCCGAGGGUCAGGAGCACGCGCACCAGCGCAAGUCCCUCGCUCCCGGUUUCUCGAUCCAGUCCAUCCGCGCACUCGCACCAGUCUUUUGGGAGAAAUCGCUCCUCCUAGCUAAGUGCUGGCGCGAGGAGAUGACCGCCGAGGGAGUUACUACUAAGUCGUUCGAAGUGCUCGAGUGGCUCAACAGGACUACAUUAGAUAUCAUCGGCAGCGCUGGCUUUGGAUACGAUAUCGACUCCCUACGACAUCCUGAGACUCCUAUUCGGGAGGCCUACCGCCUCGUCUUUGCCUUUGACCUCCCAUCUCGCAUCAUGCACGGAAUUCAAGCUUUCAUUCCUGCUUCCAAGCACAUCCCGUCUAAAAUGAACCGAGAUAUGCAGACCUCUCGAAGCAUCAUCCUAGACAAGGCAACCGAGAUUAUCACCGAGAAGCAAGAACAAGCCGAAAACAACACCGGUGGUAAGGAUAUCAUUGCUCUUAUCGCUCGGGAUAACAAGAAGAUGAAGGCUAUGGGCGAAGCUGGCCUCUCUUUCGAGAUCAUGCGCGACCAGAUCAUGACUUUCUUGGGUGCCGGUCACGACACUACCGCAACUGGUGUAGCUUGGACUGUUCACUUGCUAUCCACCCACCCUGAGAUCCAGUCUCGUCUCCGCGAGGAGAUCAAGGAUUACAUGCCCUUCCUGUUCGACAAGGAAUCUCGCUUUGACGCGGAGGCAAUCGCCAACGCGGAUCCCGACAGGCUACCUUAUCUUGACAACAUCUGCCGCGAAUCUCUACGCUACAUCCCGCCUAUUCCCAUGACAGUGCGACAGUCCAUCGCAGAUGAUCAGCUUGGCCCCUACAAGGUCCCUGCUGGUAGCGUUAUUUACGUCUUAGCCAACGCCAUCAACCGACUACCGAUGUACUGGGGUCCUAACGCCGAUGAAUUCGACCCGGAUCGGUGGGACAAUCUACCCAAGACGUUUACUGCCAACGCUUUCAUGACUUUCCUUCAAGGCCCGCGCGGUUGCAUCGGCCGCAAGUUCGCCGAGAUCGAAAUGAAGAUUCUGCUGUGCUCCUUGCUCAGCAUGUACGAAUUCAAGCGUGACUUCGACUCUCCCGACCCCGAGGAGUGGAAGAUGUGGCGGUUAGUGCUGCGGCCGAAGGAGGGCGUCACCGUCAAGAUUACCGCCAUCUAGAAUGCACGUAUCAUACCCUAGCUUUACUUUCGUUGGAACCAUUAAUUCGUAAUCAAUCAUACCGUAUAUAUGGAGAUAGUUGGGAAGUUGAACACGGAAAUAAGGAGUAGCCUUAUUAGUUGUUAAGGCGUAUCUACCAUUUUCCUGUUCCUGUUCAAGUUCAAGGGUCUAUGUGACAUGUAAAUUGAGUUGGUCAAAUUGGCCUGGCUAGUCACUUACGAGGUGUGCAUAUGAAUUCUAAUAAAGCCUUGUUGAGAGUUAA